AUGAAACCUGCAGUCAGCAUCGCUCUCCUGUUUACAGUCCUUCAGGUGGCCUGGGGACAGAAGGUGACAAGCCUGACUGCGUGCCUGGAGAACCAGAGCCUGCGUCUGGACUGCCGCCAUGAGAACACGACCACCGUGCCCAUCCAGUAUGAGUUCAGUGUGACCCGUGAGACGAAGAAGCACGUGAUCUAUGGCACCGUGGGGGUGCCUGAGCACUCCUACCGCACCCGGACCAACCUCACUUACAAAAACAACAUCAAGGUCCUCUACCUACAUAGCUUCACCAACAAGGAUGAGGGCACCUACACGUGUGAGCUCCGCCUCUCUGGUCAUACUCCCACCGUCUCCAAUAAGAACAUCUCAGUCUUCAGAGACAAACUGGUGAAGUGUGAGGGCAUAAGCCUGCUGACUCACAACACCUCGUGGUUGCUGCUGCUCCUGCUCUCUCUGCCUCUCCUCCAGGCCAUGGAUUUUGUAUCCCUGUGA